AUGGCGGAAGGCCUCGCAUCUGCAGUCGCAUUGCCCGAUCAAGAAACCUUGAUCCCAUCACCAGAAGCCGGUCUCAAACGGCGCAAGUCCUCCACCACGGAUGCUGAUAGCAAACGCCGCCGCCUCAGUUCGCACCAUGAAGACGAACGCCCUCAAUCCCCUCAAGACCGCAGACCAUCUUCUCCCGCCCCGGAAGAACGAAAAGUAGAGCGAAGACCGGUUCGUGGGCGUGAGGAAGAACGCAAACGGGGACAGCGAUUAUUCGGGGGUUUGCUGGGAACGCUCUCGCAGGGCUCGAACUCGGCUGCUCAGAGACGACGCGCGGAUAUCGAACGGCGGCAACAGGAUAAAUUGAAGUUGCAGGAUGAAGAGUAUGGCGAGUUGAAGAAAAAGAGGCGAGAUGAGCGGGUGGCCACUCGGAAAAAGGACCAAAGACUCUACGAAGAAGAAUCGAUGCGCACUCGUCACUCGAAUCUGGUCGCCAUGGCCCACUUUCUCAAGACCAAGACGAAGCCAGUGCUGUACUACAAACCAUGGCAAUUAACCCAUAGAGAUGAGGACGUGAUACAAGAUCAAAUCGAUGAGGCAGAAGCUACAGUCGCGCGAGAAACUGCCGAUUUCGAAGAACGUCAUCCAUCCCCUACAGAGGAGGAAAGUAAAGAGCAGAAAGAGAGAACGCAGUCGGAAGUCGUCGCAGAACAAGACCCAGCCCCGUUGCCUGACAAGGAGCCCAAGGAGCCCAAAGAGGAGACAGCAAAUGAUGCAGCGGGGACGACAAAUGCUGAAACUGACCAUGACAAGGGUCAUGAAAUAAUAGCGGGGACUGAUGGAACUGCUGACCGUCAAGAUGCUGCUCCUGUUAAUGACCAACCCGAUGCCCAUCGAGCGGCCGAAGAUGACGGCGGCGAGGUUGUGGAGGACCAAGAAGAUACAGUUAUUUAUUAA